AUGGUAUUGACUGCUAACGAGGCAGCGCUCCUGGGAAUCGCGGGAGUAGAAGACUUCGACUUUCGGCACCAGAGGCUCGAAGUGUCGCCCCCAAGCAAGAUCGGGAAAUGGACGAUUGUUGCUCUGAUCUUGAACAGAACGAUUGGCUCGGGGAUCUUCCUAACGCCGCAUAGAGUCCUUGCAGGGACCGGGUGCGUUGGUGGCGCCCUAUUUCUAUGGCUGCUAGGAGCACUGAUCUCUAUCUGUGGGCUCUACGUGUGGUUGGAAUGCGGUCUAUCAAUACCGCAAGGAACACCCCAAGGAGAAACAGAGCCUCGUGGGAUGACUAGGUCAGGGGGUGAGAAGAACUAUCUCGAGUUCAUGUUUCCAAAUGCCAGAGCACGAUUGCCACACAUAAGAACCACAUGCAUUUUCAGUAUCAUGUUCAUUCUCAUGUAUAACCUGAGCGGAAACGCCAUUUCCUUUGGGAUACAGGUAUUGAUCGCUUCUGGGGUGUAUGAGCCGAGUAGCGGCGAGGCUCCAGACAGAGGUCAAGUUGUUGGUAUUGCAAUUGGUACCCUAUCGUUCGUUAUUAUUGUCCACAUGUUCUCGCGACGAGGUGGUAUAUUGAUCAACAAUAUCUUCGCAAUCAUCAAGGUUAUGCUACUUGUCAGCAUUAUCGCCUUAGGAAUUGCCAAAGCCGGUGGUGCUUUUCCGGCCACGGGGAAAGCGCCAUUGGACAAUUUCACAGCCAAUGUCUUUGUCACGAACAGGAAAGAUCCCGCAAGCUGGUCAAAUUCCCUCAUACUUUGCAUGUACUCUUUCUCCGGAUUCGACCAACCCUUCUACAUCAUGGCUGAGACAAAAAGCCCCCGAAGAUACUUUCCGAAGUAUACCGUCCUGGCUCUGUGCAUUACAGCUGUUCUCUUCAUGCUUGUGAACGUCGCAUAUCUCUUUGCUGUACCGAAGAGUGCAGUCAUACCUUCCACGGCCAGGGAGCUCCCCACUAGCAUUGACAUGGCCACGUUGUUCUUCGAGCACUUGUUUCAGGAUCAGAAUCAGGCGAGACGAGCGAUGGCUGGUCUGAUCGCUACGUCUAUCUUUGGCAAUUUGGUCGUCAUGACAUUUACAGCUGCCAGAGUCAAACAAGAAAUCGCCAAAGAAGGAAUUCUGCCCAAAUCUCUCAUCUUUGCUUCCUCAUACUCCACUCCAUGGGGCAUGUGGAAAAAAUACCUUCACGGCGAUGAUGUUCGCGUUGAGGACCUGGAACAGGCACCAACUGCAGCAUUCGUACUCCACUGGUUCACCUCGGUGCUACUCAUUCUGGUCACAAUCCCGGUCGGUGAUCCUCGGAAGGCAUAUUCGGCACUGGUUUCGCUGUAUUCGUAUACCAUGGUCACGCUGAUUGGCCUUUGGGUGUCCUACGGUCUUCUUCUCAUCAAGAUCAAAAAGGAGCCAUGGCGCUGGCAAGAUCGUCGACGAUAUCGUCCUUGGCUGAGUCCUGCACACGCCAUCAUAUAUGCCGUGGCCAGCCUCUUCAUGAUGGUCACAGCCUUUGUCCCUCCUCCCAAGGGCUCUCCAUUCCACGACAGUGUUACAGGGUUCCAAUGGUACAUCGUUCCCGCAAUAGGAAUCACAGCCCCAUUUUGGGGUAUCCUGUGGUACUGGGGUCUUCGACUCUAUGAGAGAUGCAAAAAGUGUCAACUCGUAGUUGAACGUAAACCUACCUGGAUGAGAGACCCAGACUGUCCAUCGGAAUAUGUGCAAAAGGCAGAGUUCGUCGAUCACAAUUGGGAGAUCAGACCAAAAGCCGGCAAAGAUUUCAGUUUUGGGAGAGAAAAGAACCGCGCGGUGACAAGAGAACGCGAGACAUCUCCUUUUGGGAGCGAUGUUGAAACCGACGAAGGAGGGUUAUUCGGAAGGAGGCAAAGACGUGACAGGCGAACAAUGAGCGAGGGCAGGAGAGUGUCUUUUGGCUUUGAAGAAUAG